AUGGACGCAGGCGGUCUCGCUCCCAUGUCUCACUCUACCUUCGCAAUGCCCGGCUCGGGCCUCGCUUCUCGCCGUGGAGGCCAGAACAUCAAGCCGCUUUCCUUCGAGGCCUUGAAGUCUCCAACCGAUACCCGGGACAACGGCAUUCCUACUCCCCGCACUAGCCGAUCACACCUGCUGGCUGGCCUUCGGACCGCUCCUAAGACCGCCAACCCCAUGUUCGCCAACAACCCGGCUUCCCCGACUUCUGUCCCGCCGCAGGCGAGAGGGGCCAGAACAUCGGGAAUGUACGACAACAACGCCCGGUUCAACGCCCCGAAAACCUCGCUUCCCCGCUUCCCGAGCGGCCAGCAGCAACAGGGUUACAAUCAGAUGAACUUCGGACAGCACUACACGGCCGACCAGGUCCUCGCACCGCCCGAGUUCCACGUCAAUGAGCACGGUCAGGAACAGAUCGACCCCAACCUGCAAGCCCAAUUGCUGGUCGCGAACGCUUACCUGUCUGAACAACAGCAGCGGCUCCAGCAGCAGCUCAUGAAUCUUCAGGCCGCUGCCCAGCAGUUCCAGGGUCUGAACAUCAACGGGCAGUAUCAGACGAUGCAGCAGACGUACUCAAACUUGUAUCAACAGCAGCAGGUUAGGAAUAUGCAGCCAAUGAUGACCAACGGCAUGUCUCAGCCCAACAUCUACACCGUUUACGAUCCGGUGACCGGCCAGCAGACUCUGUAUGUCGACCAGGGCCAGCCUCAGAUGAACACGCAGUUCGUCACCCAGAACCAGUUCAGUAACGGCGCCUCGAACCUGCAACAGCAGCAACCUGCUGUGGGGACGCCUCGGGUGCAAGUCUCGCCCCCUCCCGUUGACGCCAACAGGCCUAGCUUCCGCAAUUCGUCGCCUCCUCGCCGCUUCGACUCGCCCUCUGAUAACCACGCGCCGCUGCCGCCGCCUAGUGCGAAUGCCUUCCGCCGGGGUCAUAAGAAAUCCUCUUCGCUUGCCAACGGCAUCAAGGGACCUCUCUCCAUCGGCACUGAGGAGCCGCCCAUGUCCGCGGGCCCUAAGACGGCCUCUUUCCCGCUCACCCCGAUGACAGCCACCGGAAGCUAUGGACCCGGACAGGCGCGCGCUGGCGAGCACCCAGUGCGGCAGCCACGAAACCCGCCAUCCAUGGACGAGCUCAAGGCAAAGCCGACCGCCAAGCACGAGGGUAGCAAGAACUUCAUCACCCGCACCCGACGCUCAGCUGUCCACAACCUCGUCCGCGCGGGCCUCGAGCGCCGUAAGGAGGCCCGGAGCUCUGGCAGCAUCAGUCCCAUUUCCGAGAGCGCCGAGGAGCUCGUCGAGACCCAAGUGACGGAUAACGACUCGGACUCGGGCCGCAGCGGAUCUGGCAGCCUGGUUGACGGCGAUGAUGCCGAGUGCAGCCUUCCCAGCUCCCGGACAAGCACUGGCAGCUGGGGUGCCAUUGGCUCCGACCGACCUAGCUCCCGACAGAAGGUGGCUCGUGACAGCGUCGCCAGUGCCAGCUCCUCAGACAGCGAGAGUGGCCGCGACUCUGGCAGCUUCGCCAGCGUGUUCAAGAAUGCCAACCGUACCCCCAAGGCCGGCGAGGUUACGGAGGGACAGCGCAAGGCGCCCAUGUUGGUCCUCACCAGUGCCGAGAAGCGGAAGCUUGUUGUCUAA